UUCACUUCUCAUCAUCUCAAAAUUCCUAUUCUUAAACAAAGAAAACAAGCAAGAGAUGGAAAUGAACAAGUUAGCUCUACUUUUAGUUACUUUGAUUUCGGUUUUAGGUGUUGUGCAAAGCUUUGAUUUCCAUGAGAAAGAGCUUGAGACGGAGGAAAGUUUGUGGGAUUUGUACGAGAGGUGGAGGAGCCACCACCACGUGGCGGAGAUAAACCACCAGGAGAAACAUAGGCGGUUCAAUGUGUUCAAGUCCAACCUUCAACAUGUGCACAAUACAAACAAGAUGAACAAGCCAUAUAAGUUGAAGUUGAAUAUGUUUGCUGAUAUCACUAACCACGAGUUUAGAAGUGUGUAUGCUGGCUCAAAGAUUAGCCAUCAUCGGAUGCUCCAUGGAGAACGCGUUGGUGACAAAAGCUUCAUGUAUGCUAAUGACGAUAAUGUCCCUACUUCCAUAGAUUGGAGAAAGAAAAACGCCGUCACCCCCGUCAAGAAUCAAGGGCAAUGUGGAAGUUGUUGGGCUUUUUCAACAGUUGCUGCAGUAGAAGGAAUAAACCAAAUUAAAACCAAGAAACUAGUAUCAUUAUCAGAACAACAACUUGUUGAUUGUGACAAUAAUCAAAACCAUGGAUGUAAUGGAGGGCUAAUGGACCUUGCAUUUGAGUUCAUCAAGAAAAAUGGAGGUCUAACUUCUGAGGACAACUAUCCUUACACAGCAGCAAAUGGAAACUGUAAUACUAUAAAGGAGGGUGAUCAAGCUAUAUCAAUUGAUGGACAUGAAGAUGUGCCUGUAAAUGAUGAAGAUGCUUUAAUGAAAGCAGUUGCAAACCAGCCUGUAUCUGUUGCCAUUGAUGCUGGAGGUUCUGAUUUUCAGUUUUACUCACAGGGAGUUUUUACCGGAAAGUGUGGAACGGAGUUGAAUCAUGGUGUAGCAGUGGUGGGCUAUGAUACAAGUGAAGCUGGACUCAAGUACUGGAUAGUGAAGAACUCGUGGGGAGGCGAAUGGGGUGAGAAUGGAUACAUACGAAUGCAACGUGGCGUUCCUGAUAAGAAUGGGCUAUGUGGCAUAGCAAUGGAAGCUUCUUAUCCUGUUAAGAGCUCUCAUACAAACCCUUAUAAAUCACCAUUGAUCAAGGAUGAACUCUAGAAUAAGUGAAUAGUCAAACUCAUAUCAGCUUAUGUAGUGUUUGUAUAAAGUACAAUGAUUUGAUGAAUAUGGGUUCUUUUUUAUGAUUAUGAUUAUGACAAGUCUAGAAAAUUUAUUUGUUGUUG